GGAUGGACCAUGAGGACUGCGACGAUAGAAUCAUCCCCGCGCACGUUCCAUUCGGAAUACGGUGAAGGAUUAGAAUUAUUUUUCUCACGGCAAUGCGAACACCACGAGGUUCGCCUGCGCACGUAAGCAUCAAGGAGCGUACCACAUUUUCCUGUUAGAUCCUAAUGUGGGGGAAUGUAAGGUAUCCAUCCAUCCAUCCAUCCAACAUUUCGAACGAACACGAACGUUCGCGAUCCUAUUCACAAGCUGUACUCCGUACGGCGAACGUUUCUUCUGGAUUCUUGACUGACUGAUAUUGGCUAUUUCAACGACCAUUAGAGAGACAUCCUAUGUUUUUGGAUUUUCACGUGGGCGUGACACCCUGGCGGGAAACUUGGAUUGCACGACGUCAGAAGCGGGUCAAGGGUGUGUGGGACGGAGCGCUAGAACGCCAAUUCAUCGUUCUGCGAGACCAACGCCGACUAACCUUUUUCCUGGACGGACCCAUCCUUUCCACUCCCUAUUCCCCCCGAGAGAACGAUGUCAAUGGCCAAACUUGCGAAAAUCGACGAAAUGUUCCGUACAUUUUCUGUUUCCACGCCAUGUUCUUGUCCGGCAACAAUUUUCUACUAACGGACCCACCGGAGGACUAUGUUUUGGUCUGCAUCAAUCGGCCCGGAUACUUUGGCUCCGAUCCAGCACCACCCACCUACACGUACGAAACUUUUGCUGAUGAUGUCAAGGAGCUUGCUGACUACUUACGCAUCGAUUGCUUUAGCGUGGCUGGUCAUUCCAGUGGUGGUCCGUGCGCGUUGGCAUGCGCGGCUCAUAUAGGUCCGAAACGGAUCGUCUCGGUCGGCAUUCUGUCGGGAGACCCCGAGUAUGCGCACGAAGGCAUACCGAACAAGUCCGAUCGAAACGCAUUUUUGCUGGGAAAGUUCUUGCCCAACCUUUUACUAUUUUUACCUUGUAUUCCACUUUGCCGACAAGCGCGCUUGGGACUCAUCAACGACUAUCGUCUAGAGACAAGUUCCUACAGUUUCCGUACCGAGGACGUUUUACAGCCGGCGCUGGUGUACGUGGGAGAAGACGACCAGGUCAUGCCGCUGGAAGUUUCAAGGCACGUUCACGAACGGCUGGACAAUUCCACCUAUCGGAUUGUACCUAAUAUUGGUCACAUGGGACUGCUCCGCGACGAAGUUCGAGAUGCGAUGUCUCUCAGUGUUCGUGCCCUACCGCAAUCUCUCUCACAAACUGUUUCCCGCCGUCACACCACAGUUCUUGAAGAUUUUUUUGAAAAUUUGUUGGCCUUGGCCGAUCAUAAUCUUGAACCGGCGGAUGAAGUGGUGGAACCGCUUACACCUUCGAGAAUAUUGGACGACGUGAUGGAUAUUGAACUAGUAUCGUCUACAAACCCGUCGAGUCGAAGUUCGCAAGUGCACCAUCGCGUUGUGUAAAAGAUUAGGAACAAGGUCGAGGCUGCGGCGUAUUAGCGACGUAACUCAGGAUACUCCGCAGAGUUAGGGAUACGAGCAGGCAAACGCACUGAACGGGUGAAUGGCGAUAUCUUAAAUUGACGUGUGUAACUGUAAAGAAGAAAUAUUUUUUA